GCGAGAGAAUGGCACAGGGAUACCAUGGAGGACCAGCAGAGGAUGUUUCUCGUAGUGCCAAGAGCCGUUUUGGCUUACUGGCGGGGAAAGCUGGGUGAGCAGGCAGGUGUACGCCGUGUAGCCAACGCCGUCACAGUCGACAGAAUCGAAGAUUUGAGGCGAAAGCAGAAGCUGGUGCCGCUUUGCUCCACUGUGUUCUGGCGACCCAGGAGGCUGUCCCUGGGCUCGCAGCAUGGCUGGCAUCACUCAAGCUGGCACAUUGUGAAGCUCUUGCCCGUCUUCCCGCUUUGGCACGAGCUGGCGGAGGUUCUUCCCCUGCGACCCUUGGAGCGCCACCGCCUCGCCAAGGACAGCAGGCGAUAUCGACUGUUGGAAGCCAUCGGCGCCGGUGCCACGUCAAGGGUCUACAUGUGUGUGGACAACGCCGGCAACGUGAGAGCCGUGAAGCGGUCGCCUGACAGCAGGAUUGGCUUGUCCAGAUUGCGGCGGCAAGGGAAUUUCAGGCUAAUUGAAGAGCGGCUCCACCAAGAGAUUGCCAUCCACCUGUCCCUCCAGCACGCCAAGAUUGUAGGAAUUUUGGACGUGGUUGAGACGGAGCAGGACCAGUCAGUCCACACUUGGAAUUUGGAGCUCACAUUCAGCGAUGCAGCGUACACUUUGAAAGGAACUGCUUCACAGGUGUUUCGGCAGAUUGCAGAAGGCUUGCAGCACAUGCACACCAGGGGAUUUGCCCAUGGCGAUUUGAAGCCUGCCAACAUCCUACUGUCUGACACCGAGCAACUACAGGUCAAGCUUGCAGAUUUUGGCCAUUCAAAAGUGGUGGAUGAUGUCCUCGCCUCCGAUGUUGCUGGCACUCCACUAUACAUGGCGCCGGAGCUCUUCGCAAGGGAGGCGGCUCAAGCGGAUGCCCGAGCGGCUGAUCUUUGGUCCCUCGGUGUGAUCCUGUUCGAGCUGCUCACAGGGCACUGCCCCUUCUCGGGUACAGGCGUGGAGCUGCAGCAGGCUAUUCGAUCAUGCAACAUCUCCUUCUGGGUCAGUGACGACAUCCCAGUCCCCAGCGGCAGCGCACAGUCUUUGGUCAGUGCGCUUCUCAAGCGACAGCCUUCGAGGCGAGCCACGCUGGAAUGGUGUUUGAUCCACUCGUUUAUCGCUGGCCCCGGGACUGUCGGACGCCUCCUUUUGCGAGAUGGCCUCCGAGCGACCGAAGCACCUGAGAUCCCAGAAUUCGAAGAUGCUAUGCUGCAAGAGCGUUACCUGCUGCCCAUGCUGACCGAGACGCACAUACGAGAGCUGCGCAGCGACCUUCGCAAGUGGAUGUUGAAGUUUCGAUGUGCUGCUAUGACAAUUGGGCACGAGGUCGUGGCUAACUUCGGCCUGGCAAGCUUGGCAGCCUUUUCUCGGGAGCGCAUCGAGAAUGCCAGGGCCGAGUUGCUGUGUGUCAUGGCCUUCCAUACAGGCGCCAAGCGUCCGGCAACCAGCAAUGUGCAAGAGGCACUGCGCCGAGGCACAGGGCGGCACGUUCCGGAAGCAUCGCCUCCCUGCGAUGCUGGCGAAGGCUUGCAGGACAGGGCUGACAAGAGCCACAAUGGCAAUGAGGCAAUCGAGGACGAAGCUGCAGCGCGGCAGCGACGUCUCGCAGCUCGACGGAAGGUAACUCGCAGCUGGAAUUUCAGCGGCCGGUCAGGCAUCAAGACCGUGCUGGACGUUGACUUCCGUGUGACCGAGAUCGUUGGAUAUCAAUCGGAUCGAAAGCAGCAGGCGGAUUAUGGAAUGUUGGUGAAUCCACAGGCUCUAAGCAGGACAGCCGGUCUCGUAGGCUUGGCUUUCGCUUCGAAGAGCCGAGCAGGUCAAAUUCCAUUCCGAUUCCAGUCUGAGGCAUGCAGGAACAUGUCGAAGAUCGGUCUCAAGCGUCGCUCCCAGCCGUGCACCGAGGAGCCUCCAGAUGAAUCCCGAGGCCGUGUUGGACUUCGUCAACUGCGUCUGUCGAAUCACGAGAGCAGCCUGCAGGGAGGCAAGGAGCGCCAGGUUGGAAGGAACGAACUGUUGUCGAAGACACUGAAAGCAGUAACGCGUGACUGGGGAGCGGCAAUUGCCUGUGGCUGCGCUGUCAAGAUGAUAGAUCGUUUCACGAAGUGGAAAUUGCCGGCACGUGAGCAAAAAACUGCUCCGUGGCUGCUCCUCGGCUUGUUUUCUUGCUCCGCCUUGCCGUGGGCUGACGUGUACUCCUGGCAUUCGCAGUGCUUUCGACAGGAUGCAUGCAUCAAGUCGGAGAUUUUGGUUGCACGUGCGGGCAUGGUCAAGCACACAGCUGUGGGCUUUCAGCAUCUUUGCACAAUUGCACUUCCACUGCCGAGUUCGAGCCGGGAUCUCUUGCCGGCGACAGGUGGGUCGAAGAAGUAUGAGCCGCCCAAGUCGCCAGUCAUCAGACCCUCGCCACCAGGCUCUCCGCUGUGGGAUCAUGAGAAGAAGGAGAAGGAACGAGCUCUUGAGAACUUUCACGAGAUCGAAGCUAUGGAUUUCGCUUUGCCGGAACACGAGGAGGACGAGUUGUCGCCCCUGGACGGCGAAGGUAACGAGGAGCACCACAUCAAGUUCAAUAUGGUCGGCUUCGACGACCCCAAGUCGGACGAUGAAGCUGCGCCAGUUUGCAAACAGGCCAGCACUCUCAGCACUUCGAGCCACUUGGCCGUGCCUGAGGCGCGGCGACGGUUUGAGAGUGCACCGCCAACCAUGGGAAUCGGAGCCAGCCCGAUGCUGCGAGCAGCUCUUGAUAUGGUGGCACUUGAGCAGGCUGGCGGCUGGUGCUUGUGCGGAGAGAGCGCUGCCACGAAUCAGAGCGGACGCAUAUCGGAGCAACGUGCCAAGACGCAUGCUAGCUGCGAGGGCUUGAAGGAGUCGCUGGUCUUAGUCGUCGACAUCAUCGACAUCAUUGCCGUCCCCAUCAUCCUUCCGCACCACACAGGAUUGGCCGCCAGGAUCCGUCCGUCGUCAAGCAUGGAGAAGGCACCGGAGGCGCUCUUUGCGAGAGGCUUCGUUGGUGUCGGUUUUGAGGCAGAGCACUUGGACCUGGAGCCAGCCCUAUUCUCCUGUCAGCUCUUGAUGGAGUGGCGGCAUCCGCCGGUGGCUUACAGCACCUGCCCGUGA